AUGACCACCUCUGCCUACUACGUUACGCCCCCACCGGUCGGGAUAGGUUGCCUUCGCCAUCAUGAGCGGCCAGUCACUGACCUGUCCUCUUCCAGCAAUCCGAUCGUCGAGCAGGUCUAUCGCUCCCGUCCGCCCUCCGCAUCGGCCAUUCUUCCCCUCUAUAAUGCCUAUGCAGCUCCGCGCCCAUCACUCAUCUACUUUCCAAAUACAACUCCGCCGGUGACAGUGUUUUCGGUAGUGCAGUCCAACCUACUGUUUUUGGCGCUGUCCGAGGUUGACACGGAACCGCUGCUUGCCCUGGAAUUCAUUCAUCGGGUUGUUGAUGUUCUCGAGGACUUCGUCGGGGCACCUUUGCUUUCCACCAAGAUCCAGGCGAAUUAUGAUGUGGUUGCACAGCUUCUGCACGAAAUGUGCGAUGCGGGGAUUGUCUGCAAUACAGAGCCCAAUGCGCUACAGGAGGUAGUGGAAAUGCCGGGGUGGAUGGGGAAGCUGUUAGGCGGCGUUGGAUUGCCUGGGUCAUCCACACCGAUUCUGGGACAACCCAGUGCCAUGAAGCAAUCAGCCGCCGCCGCGACCCAAGGACCUGCGAUCCCCUGGAGAAAGUCCGGAGUAAGACACACUUCCAACGAGCUAUAUGUUGAUAUUAUUGAGUCACUUUCCGUGACGAUGGCGCCAUCAGGACGACUGCUCUCUGCAAUGUCUUCCGGUACUAUCGCCUUCACCGCCAAAAUAUCCGGUGUACCCGAUCUGCUUCUUUCGUUAACAGCGCCCGGUGGUCAGAAAGCCUUGGGACGCAAGCUGGAGCUGCCGGUAUUUCACCCAUGUGUGCGCUUGGCGCGCUGGCGGGAGCACCCUGGCGAGCUCAGUUUUGUACCACCAGACGGUCGGUUCAUUCUUGCCGGAUACGAGGUGGACCUCAUGCCAACAGACCCUACACUUGAUCAACCCCCGAGUCAUAUGGAGAAGCUUUUCUUGCCGGCUAUUGUGGACAUCCGUAAAUCGCUUGGGCCGACUGGCUCAGACUUCGAGGUCCGCCUUAUUCUCAACACAAACUUCCCGGGAUACUCAUCCUCUAACCGACCUGGGGUCGGGCGUAGCGGAUCAGGCACGUCUACACCCUCUUUCCUCGGGGGUGGAGGCGGCAACUCCUCGGCGCCAGUGCUAGAAGAGGUUGUGGUGAGCGUCCCGAUCCCGAAGUCGGUCCGGAACAUCACAGACAUGCAAGCCAGCCGAGGAGAGGCUUUAUUCUCACCGGGCAACGGCGUAUUAGAAUGGCGCGUGCCGACUAAAGAUGCCGGCACAAUCUCCGGAACGGCGACACUCCGGUGCACCGUCGUAGGACACUACGCGGAUGACGAGCUGGACGACGACGUCGAAGAACUCGACGCAGACACCAACCUCCUGCAGGGCUACUACGACGCCAGCGCGUCUUACCAGAACCCUGAAGCAGACACGACGAAACGCAAGACUAAGAAAAAGAAGAAGAAGAAGGUUGUCAAGAAAUCUUCUUCCCGCGCAGCGGCAGCGGCAGCGGCAGCAGAAGCAGAAGCCUCAGCUUCCUCGCCCGCUGAACACCUUUCCUUGAACCCCGAGGAUCCCGAACAACUCGAACAUACGCCUACUCCUGAACCCGAACAAUCCCAGACGCUAACACCCCCCGUUCAAUCAUCUUCGCCGCAACCUCCACCGUCACUUCCCCGGUCACAGUCACAGUCGCAGAAACAAUCACCCAGCCGAGCUUACUCUGAUUCCUCCAUCUUCCUUUCGGCGCCCCGUAAAACCAAGACCCAACUAAACGCGACACUUAUGCCUAAUUCGGCGGCUGUGUCGUUCUCUGUCCGUGGCUGGCUUCCCUCGGGGCUCAAGGUAGAGAGCCUGAACAUCGAUCCGCGGCGGAGUCGCGGACUAGGCGAGGGAGUGAAACCAUAUAAGGGAGUGAAAUAUAUCUGUAUGAGUCGGAAGGGAGUGGAGCGGAGAUGCUAG